AUUUAUUAUGAGUUCAUCACCAGGAAGAAGGGGAUUUGACUUCUCCCUUCUCAACACCACCAAGCAUGAUAUUGUCAAGGGCUUCUGGAAUAUACAAAUGAUUGAGGAAAAGCUUAAAAAGGGAAUUAAAUAAAAACUACUUGAGCUAUUACAAGACCUGUAGAAGGCAAAAACUUAUGCUAGAUCGGAAGAAUGGGGUUGAGGCUACUCCAGAGCAAGCCCAAAUACAUUUCAAACCGAGGAAGGAAUAUAGAGAGUAUAAGAUUCCAUCACAACAAGAAAUAGAACAUAAGCUGAACAUGGUCAGGAUUAAUCAUAAUAUGAGUGCUGAUAUGUCCCAAAUGAUGCCUAAAAGCAAGACUUUUGUUGAAAGAGCGACUAUUAACAACUGCAGUAUUGAGAAGCAUCAAGAUAAAAAGUUCAAAUUGAUGACAAUUCAUCCUGAAAGGAUGCAUAACAAGACUGAUUCCGGACAAAAUUCCUUUAGAGUAGAUCCAAUGAAGCCUAAAACAUUCAUGAGAGAGCAAUCACUAAAUUAUAGUACUCUCUCAAACGCAAGUAAUGAUGAAAAUGAUGAAUUACUAAAUGAGAAAUACUGACUGUUUUUACAAAAACCAAGUAAUGAAUUCUAUCAAAAUUUAAGAACAGGAGAUUCUAUGAAUGCAUCAAUGAAAUCAAACCAUAUUUCUUCGUUUAUGAACUCCCUACAAAGCAAAUCUAUAGAAUUGAAAUCAAGAAAUGUUGAUUUAAAGGUCCCUUCGGGCUGUUCAAAGGCAUCAAAGCCUAAACCUAGUUACACUAAGUUGGUCCACAAGCUUGGUUCUGGGGCAAAAGUUAAUGUAGAUAAUGUUAUCGAUGCGAUAGUCAAGAAGAACAUGAUAGUUCGAACAUACAGACCAGAUUACAGCCAACUCAAAAUUUAUGAGACUGAUUACUCAAAAUACAAAAGAAAGAUCGAAGCCUUUAAGGCAAAUCAGCACAAAGCCAAGCAAACUAGGCAUCAAGAUAGGGAACAUCCAGAGGUUUGAGGAUAUGCCAAGAGGUAUGAAGAGCUGAAGAAGAAGUGGACCAAAGUUUUUAUGAAUCAGAAGAAGAGCACCAGGAGAAAGAGAGUGACAGAAAGAGUGCAUAGAUCAAGAUAGGCGUAUAUUGCAAUUAGAUUGAUGGAGAA